GCAGUGGUGUAGUGUUUAUGUUCAACAGCUGUAGUGACGCCCCAUAACUACCAUAACCACUACCAUAACCACUACUACUUGUGACUACUACCAUCGAGGAUUGUCUGUUCAAUUUACUUUAUAUCACAACAGGAUUUAUCAAACAAAUUCCUGUUUGUUCAUCAGUGGUGACUUACGGUGACUAUGAGUGGAAGCAAACAGCGUCCUAGUAUCCUUGACAAAUCCCUGAGCCGGGGUAGGACAGAGGUUAGCCUGACAGCUUAUGCCUUGCUCUUCUCCGAGAUGGUCCAGUACUCCCACAACCGCGUCACCAGUGUUAACGAGCUGCAUAACAAAUUGUCCGAGUUAGGUCAACGAGUGGGCGUGAGGAUGGUGGAACUGCUGUUUGUGAGGGAACGCAACUACAAGAGAGAGACGAAACUACUUAACAUUCUGCUUUUCGUAAAGGGAACAUUGUGGAAGUCACUGUUUGGUAAAGAGGCGGACAAGUUGGACCGAGCGACGGACGACGAGCGCAUUUACUACCUCAUAGAGAAGGAGCCGCUCGUCAACCGCUUCAUAUCCGUGCCUCGAGACAAGAGUUCCAUCAACUGCGCCGCGUUCAUAGCUGGCAUCAUUGAGUCUGUCCUCAAUUCAACGGGAUUUCCGGCAAAGGUGACAGCACUGUGGCAUAAAGGUACAACGUUCAUGAUCAAGUUUGAUGAUGCAGUGUUAACGCGAGAAAAACAGCUGGAGGGGCGGUGAUUUCACAAACCUGAGUACAGUGCAAGAAAUUUUCCUCUUGUAAUAGGUACAGUAAUGGUAAGCCCGGAGGGAAUCUGUUCUCUGAAAUGGGGAGAGAUUAUAUUGUUAAGUUUCUUUUGAUGUGAACUUCAGGAAUAUUAUGAAGACUUAAAAAUACAGCAAGAGUUUUAUUGUCAAUUACUGUACUGUGUCUAGCAUCUACAGCAAAUUGCAAGAACGUUUCUCAUAGUUAUUCCAGUAUAAUGAAAACUAUUGGACAGCAUAUUACAGUAAGUACAGUAUUUUAAUAACUGUUUACAAUAAUGCCAGUCUUAAAUAUUAUUCAGCAUUAUAACAAAACAUAACCUGUACAGAAUCAUUUAUAAGUCAAACAUUUUAGACAAAUUUAGUCACUACAGUAUUUAGGCAUUGGAGGUUGAAGUAUUGAGAGAUGCUGUAAAAGAAAUUCUCGAUACAGGACCUUUCUGGUUAGUCAGGUGUUGGAUAAUAAAACUCUUACUGUCA